CCAUUGCCCCGGACUUAUUACCGUCAGUUGGUCCUCGUCUUCAUCUCCCUCCGCUGUCCGACUGUGCCCUGUCGCCGCCUCUGUCCUCUCCCAGUCCCUCCCCCUCCAUCUCCGGUGAGGCGCGAAUCGAGUUGCAUCGAAUCCAUGGGCAGCUCCUCGAAUACCAACACGAGCGGCGGGGCCAGCGACAAGGAGGAGAAGAAGAAGGAGGACAAGGUCAAAGGCAAGGACUCGUCGGAGCCAUCCUUCAAGGAGAACGAAAGGGUCCUUGCCUACCACGGCCCCCUCCUCUACGAGGCCAAGGUUCAAAGGAUCGAAAAUCAUGAAGAUGAAUGGCGCUACUUUGUCCAUUAUCUCGGUUGGAAUAAGAACUGGGAUGAAUGGGUUGCAAAUGACCGCUUGUUGGCAUUAACAGAGGAAAACAUGCGCAAACAACAAGAGCUUGACAAGAACCAGGUAGUUGACAAAACAAUGAAGUCUGGACGGUCAACACAGCAUAAACCAAAAGGCUCCAAUGCAGAUGCAAAAGCUGAUAAAGAUGACACUAAGAGUCUCAUGAAGGGGAAGAAACGUAAAAGUCAGCCUGGGACUGAGAUUCAGGAAAAGGAAAAAAGAUCAUCACAGAGUCUACUAGUGUUGCAGUUUCCUUUGACACUGAAGAAGCAACUUGUGGAUGAUUGGGAGUUUGUCUCGCAGAUGGGUAAGUUUGUGAAGCUACCACGAUCACCUACUGUUGAUGAUAUUCUAAAGAAGUAUUUGGAGCACCGGACAAAGAAGGAUGGCAAGAUAAAUGACUCCUAUGCUGAGAUUCUGAAAGGAAUACGCUGCUACUUUGAUAAAGCAUUGCCUGCAAUGCUUUUAUAUAAGAAAGAGCGAGAUCAGUAUGCUGAAGAAGUUAAAGGUGAUGUCUCACCGUCAACUGUAUAUGGAGCUGAGCACCUAUUGCGCCUUUUUGUGAAAUUGCCAGAGUUACUUGCUUUUGUCAAUAUGGAGGAAGAUGCGCUGAACAAGCUACAGAUGAAAUUGCUGGACAUUCUCAAGUUUAUUCAGAAGAAUCAGAGCACCUUCUUUACCACCGUGUACGAUGAUGGUCGUAAAAGUGCAGAUGGGGCUAAAACCAAAUGAUUGCAUCUGAACGUUUUGUAUGUAACAUCUUUCGAUGGACUUGUAGGUGAGUCUGGUACUGUUGUUGAUAUGGAAGGAUGUCGCUUAGGACCGUGGCGUGUGAACAUUGAUUGCUCUACAAUCAGUUUAUGUAGGAAUGUAGGAUAGAUGCCGCAGAUGCCUGAAAUACAGUGCUUGAACUGCAUGUUGUGUUUUCUUUAGAUGUUGGAACUGCUCGCAUUUUAUGUUGUUGAAUGUGUAUUUUCUUUAGAUGCUGUUUUAGGGUACAAGCCCACCUUAAACAUUAUGCUAAGUAGACUAAACCAAGAUUACUCUUUGGGUGGUGAUUGGCGAAGCUC